UUUUUGUGCAAUGACACGCAGGAUAGGAGGAAGAGAGACAUACAGAAUGCUGAACGUCAAGUAGCGUUGUUAUUUUGUAGUUGCCAGUUCUUUCUGGUGUUCCUCCCUGGUCUGGAACUGCAUUUCUUCAUUCGUCGUGCCUGUACGUCUUCAGUGGAAAUAGUCCUGAAUUUUAAUCGUGAUAAUGGGAGUUUUUUGUCACAUGGACGCUCAGUGUCUGUGUUGUUAUGGUGGAGCAAUUCUGGCCCUGAUUGGUGCUGUGGUAUUACUUUUUAUUCGCUUCACAUCAGCAAAGCCGAAUCUGACACGCUAUGAUGACGAGAAGUCUUUCAUCGACCCCAAGUCUGGAAAGCGUAUCCCGUUCCCUAGCAUACUGGACCAGGCGUCUGUGUAUCUGUCCAUCAUUGUGCCGUCCUAUAAUGAAGAAGAGCGUUUACCGAUAAUGCUUGACGAGACACUUGAGUACAUGCAAGAGAGACAGACUGAGAAGCCUUCGUUCACGUACGAAAUCAUCGUAGUUGAUGAUGGCAGCCGAGACAAAACGUCUCAGGUGGCACUAAAGUACGCUGAGCAACACGGCACUGACCGUAUCCGUGUGCUGACGUUGGUCAAGAACCGCGGCAAGGGCGGCGCAGUGAGACUGGGCAUGCUGAGCGCACGCGGUGAGAUUCUCUUGUUUGCCGAUGCAGACGGAGCGACCAAGGUCAGCGACCUGAUCCGUCUGGAGAACGCUCUUCACAAGGAUGCUCCACAGAAGACCGAUAUGGCCAUAAGCUGCGGAUCGCGUGCUCAUCUGCAGGAGGCUGCUGUUGCGGAGCGUACACUUCUGCGCAACUUCUUGAUGCACGGAUUUCACUUUGUCGUGUGGUCGCUGUGCGUGCGCGGUGUCCAGGACACACAGUGUGGCUUCAAGCUGCUGACACGCCGUGCUGCCACGCUGAUCUUCUACACGAUGCACGUCGACAGAUGGGCGUUUGACGUGGAGCUGCUGUAUGUAGCGCAGCAGCUGAAGAUUCCAAUCUCCGAGGUGGCUGUCAACUGGCAGGAGAUUGAGGGCUCCAAGAUGACGCCGCUCUUCAGUUGGAUUCAGAUGGCCAGGGACUUGGUGUUGAUAAGCUUGCGCUACGCAACGGGUGGCUGGAAGAUUGAACCCGUACCGAGCAAGUCCAGCUAGAUGGCGCCUGCGUACGUUCAAUUCCAAUUUAUUCUGAACUCGGAUGGUGGGCCAAUUGUACUCAUGGAUAAGAGGAAGGACAGAAAUGUUUCGGGUUUGGACUGAUGAGAUAGGUGUGGAUAUAUGGAUGUAGAGGUUCGUAGAUGCGUUGGAUGUCUCAGUUACCCCUGUCAGGUUUUUUUGCCGUAAUAUCGCGUUAUCUGACUGUAUGAUCUGGUUGCAUUAUUGGACCAUUAGUCGUAACGCGUAACACGUUUUGUCCUUCCUCUCGUCCGAUUUAUUCUUUUCGAUUUAUUCCACACGAGAUAUAUUUACGCGUAUUCCCCGAUUGUCCGUCUCAUUGGUGGUCGCUCCCGAUGCUGUUUGUUGUCUCGCCUAGCGAUCCGAUGGAACCUAACUGGUCUGGAACCAAGUCUAACCUCGCUGAUGCUCUUUGUACUUUUGUAUGCCUCCACUCUGGCUAGCUACGGAUUGAAUUGUUUUAGACCUUCGUGUCAGCCUCUGCUCUCGUUCGUACGCGCGACAGUUGCAACUCGUGCAGCUGUUGCGGCACACAAACGUUAUAUCCAUUUCAAUUGAAUGUACUGUUAGAUGCGAAUUCUCAUUUUUAAAUUACCACCUGUCACUGCCGAA